AUGUCCGGUCCCAGUAAAGGAGGAAAAGGUUUGGGUAAAGGAGGUGCAAAACGUCACAGAAAAAUCCUACGAGACAACACCCAGGAUAUAACCAAGCCGGCCAUAAGACGUUUGGCUAGAAGAGUUGGUAUGGAGCACAUGACGGUGACUGCCAUGGACGUUGUAUAUGCGUUGAAACGACAAGGACGUACGUUGUACAGCUUUGGAGGCCGAAUGAUGAGGAACUGGCACGACGGAGAAACUUUAGAGUUAGCAAGCAUAUUGAAGGGAACACUGAAAUUUUUAUGA